CCAUCAAAGCAAGCUCUGAUCAAUCCCAGGCAUAUUAGUGGUCUUUUUGAUGUUUUCUGCUGUGAAGUGUUUCCAAGGUCAUUGAUUUUUAUUUUUUUCCCCCCCCUUUUUAUUUUGAUUUUUCUUUUUUUUUUUUCUUUUUUUUUUCUUUUUUCCUUUUUUUUUUUAUCUUUGUCCCCCUCACACAUUUUCUUGGCCAUUAUGAACCGUCCAGCCCCUGUGGAAAUUACUUAUGAGAAUCUACGUUUCCUGAUCACUCACAACCCAACCAAUGCAACCCUCAGCAAGUUCAUCGAGGAGCUGAAGAAGUACGGGGUGACAACCUUGGUGCGAGUUUGUGAUGCCACUUAUGAUCAAGCUCCAAUCGAGAAAGAGGGAAUCCAAGUUCUAGACUGGCCGUUUGAUGAUGGAGCACCACCCCCCAGUCAGAUCGUGGAGGACUGGCUGAACCUUUUGAAAACCAAAUUUCGGGAGGAGCCUGGAUGCUGCGUGGCUGUUCACUGUGUGGCAGGACUGGGAAGGGCUCCCGUUCUGGUUGCACUCGCUCUCAUUGAAUGUGGAAUGAAGUAUGAGGAUGCAGUUCAGUUUAUAAGGCAGAAAAGGAGGGGAGCUUUCAAUUCCAAACAGCUGCUUUAUCUGGAGAAAUACCGGCCCAAGAUGCGAUUACGCUUCAAAGACGCCAACGGUCACUGCUGUGUUCAAUAAAUAAACACACACAAAACAAAAAGUUAUCUCAAAAGGAAGGCAGAAGUGAGCAGGGGGCUCUUCUAUGGACUCUUGGCACCUGGAAAUGUGAAUCUGGAAUGGAAAAAAAAAAAAAAGAAAAAAAAAAAAAUAAGUCAUCAAAUUAGUGGUGGAGUCAGCGUUCCUCAACCUCUGUCCUUAAAAAAAAAAUAUUAAAUAAAAGGGUGAUGAUGAUUGAGAGAGAAAAAAACCCCCCAAAUUAAAAAAUAUAUAAUAAUAAUAAUAAUAAAACCCAAUUAAGAGAAACAUUUCAGUGAAGGAUUGUUUUCUCCUUAAAGCUGCAAGGAGAAAAGCAGUUUCUGAAACCUUCUGUAUUUUUAACUUUUUAAGAAAAGAAAUAAAGUCAACUUUAUGUCUAAGGAAAA